CGAGCUGACACAGCCACACAUAAAAGCCAAAGAGGGCCUUGGGCUCUCUUCCAUUGAUACAGAAGCUGUUGGACCACACAGCUGUGGAAAUUGGAUUGUGUACGGGACACGAAGCCAGGCAGCUUUCCCCCUGCCUCCCUUCUGCAGUCACCGUUACUGCUUAAGACAUAAGGCUCCCAGCCAUGAGCAUAGAACUUCCCUGCAUUCAGAUACACUAAGAUGUUCAGCAACUACAGUACCCAGUUUCUCAAGCUAGCUUUUCAGGAGCAAUGUAACAGCAGCUCUGGGAAUUCAUAUUUCCAGCCAGAAGUUCUGUGGAGCCACCCCUAGAGCUGAACACUACCAGCAGAGGGAAUGUUCAGCUACCUCCGGAAACGCUUUGCCAGCCACAUCAGAGAACGGAGCCGGCGAAGAGCGAGGCUUGUCUCUAAAGAUGGAAGGUGUAACAUAGAGUUUGGCAAUGUAGAACAGUCAAGGUUUGUCUUUUUGAUUGAUAUAUGGACAACUAUCCUGGAUCUCAGGUGGAGAUACAAAAUGACUAUCUUCAUUUCAGCAUUCUUAGGCAGCUGGUUUCUGUUUGGUCUCCUCUGGUAUGUCGUGGCAUACAUACACAAAGAUCUGCCAGAAUUCAACCCUUCCAUAAAUCACACCCCCUGUGUUGACAAUAUCAACGGCCUCACUUCAGCUUUCCUGUUCUCCUUGGAGACCCAGGUAACCAUCGGUUAUGGCUUCAGAUGUGUCACAGAGCAGUGUGCAACUGCCAUUUUCCUGCUCAUCUUCCAGUCUAUCCUGGGGGUGAUCAUCAAUUCUUUUAUGUGUGGUGCCAUCCUGGCCAAGAUAUCAAGGUCUAAAAACCGGGCUAAGACCAUCACCUUCAGCAAGAAUGCUGUCAUCAGCAAACGUGGUGGGAAGCUCUGCCUCCUUAUUCGGGUGGCAAACCUCAGGAAGAGCCUGCUGAUUGGCAGUCACAUCUAUGGAAAGCUUCUCAAGACCACCAUCACCCCAGAAGGAGAAACAAUCAUUCUGGACCAGGUCAACAUAGAAUUUGUAGUUGAUGCUGGCAAUGAGAAUCUCUUCUUCAUUUCCCCAUUAACUAUUUAUCAUAUCAUAGAUAAAAACAGCCCAUUCUUCCAUAUGGCAGCAGAAACCCUUCUACAGCAAGAUUUUGAAUUGGUGGUGUUUUUAGAUGGCACUGUUGAAGCUACGAGUGCUACCUGUCAAGUGAGGACAUCCUACAUCCCAGAGGAGGUGCUCUGGGGCUACCGCUUUGCUCCCAUUGUGUCCAAGACCAAAGAAGGGAAAUACAGAGUAGACUUCCAGAAUUUCAGCAAGACAGUGGCUGUGGAGACUCCCCACUGCGCCUUCUGUCUCUACAAUGAGAAAGAAGCUAAAGCCAAAGAGAAGAAAGGUUAUGACAAUCCUGGGUUUGUCUUGUCGGAAGUUAGUGAAACAAGUGACACUAAAAUGUAGCUCCAGAUACUCAUGGGACAGUAUCUUUGUUCAUAAUGAAUUUGAUCUUGAGAGGAUUAAUAACUUAGUAAAACAGAAAAGAACACAGACUUGGUUUUACUCUAAAACAGCAUUUUUCUUCUCAAAAGCUUCAAAUCGAAGGGUAACAGAAUACCAGUGAUCACCAGAACGCUAUCUAUUUCAUAGAAUUUCUAUUUUUAUACCAAUGGGACAUUUUAUGAAGCUGCUAUGUUGGAAUGCUUACCUCACUUAAGUUCCCAGAGGCAGGCAAGUCUGUUAAAAAGCCUGAAAAGAUGGAAAGAAACUUUAGGACAUAGCUGUUGGAAUAGGAAUAUGAAAAGGGGAGACAGAAGGCAAAGCUAUAGCAACCUAUGAGACUUAGGAGCCAAAACCUCAGCAGAUGUAUAUUUCUGGUUGCCAAAGUACUCUAUGAAGGCAGACUCUCUGGCUCUGGAAUACUUGAGCACUUUUGAACACUUCGAAACAAUCCCUUCUUUUUUUGAAGGCUGGUACAUCUACCAAAAUGAAGCAUUAUGGGAUGGUACAUGCUGGGGAAGCUAGGAAAGAUGAAGCUUGGGCCAUUCUGCUGCAUCUGAAACUCUAAACUAUGACUUUUCUCCUGUGAAAGCCCUAGAUUCCUUUAGGGAAAAAUAGCAAAAUGGAAAUUGAAAGUGAAGAAACAAGGAGAAGCAGAGACCUGCUAUGGGAGAAGAGGAAUUUUGCAGCUUAUUCCUGUGUCACUUCAGAUACUCUUCCUUCACUUCCCCAGGAGCUGGAUAACUGUGAAAUUGGGAAACAUCUGAAGGCAGAAAGAAGGGGAGGUGAAGAACAUGCUGCUUCACGUCCGGCAGGAAAGCAUCCACUGGAAGGAGAGAGGAAAUUCCCAGCUCUAGAUGUAUCCACAUUGCAAGCAGAGAUUAUCUUGUCCUUUGAACCACAAAGGUCUUGUUAAAACAAAAACACAGCAAUG